AUGGCCGCCUCGUCUUCCUCCGGCUCUUCCUUUACGUCUUCCUCCCUCGGUCGCCCCCCUUCUUAUGGACAACCAUACGCGAGCCCCAUUGACUCGACCUGGACACCAACUUCAGGUGCUUCAACGAUAUCGGCUCUGACCUCCGAGGCCUCGGCACCGCAUGCCUCUCUCCAUCCUCUAGACCUUGGACCUCCAGGCUAUCAAGCAACCAUGUACCAUUCUUCUGCUUACCCCUCCGAAGCCCCUCUUCCCAAAUUCCCAACCCUCUUUGAAAACACUCCCAACGAGCGCACCGUUUACCUUGGUCCCUGGGAGGUUAUCGGCUCCGAGCAGCGCCGCGUACUAUGGCAGUGCAGCUACCAGAGCGAGCUUCUUGAACACUUCCGUACCGCGCCCACUUGUGUCUAUUUUCCGAGCCUGUGGCAUGAUUCUGACCAUGGUCUAGUUCCGUCCGAUGUGCCCGCCGAUAUUUUCCCUCACACUCUGCACGCGCGUCACCGCCCCUACACGAAUCCCUGCGAACUCGAGCUCUUUGUCAGCUUUCGUGAACCGCACAGGGUCAGGUACACUACCGGUGAAGGUGUGGUAGUUCAUGAUCAUCUUAUGGAGGUCAAGUACGAGUUCACCACAGUGGAGAGCUCUAUACGCUUCCAGGGAGACAUUCGUCGGAAAGACUUGGUUGAUCACUACGAUGUUGAUGUCGUCUGGUCCGACCUGCACGGAAGAACGGACGGCUUUGGCAAUAUAAGGGGCAUGGGACUGGUACAAAGGCUGAAGCUUUGGAGGGACCGUUACUCGACCUAUCACUCGCUGACCGUUCUUGCGAACCGCGCUAGUGGCCGCCAAUAUCGAGAAUACGAAAUUCAUCAUUUUGAGGGCGAGCUGCGCAACCGCGACGAUCGGCAUCGCCAGGUCCGCUUGACAGUACGCGGAAGCCGACGCAGUAGCGCUCCGGAUAGCAGCAGCUCCCGCUCGCGAUUCAACCUGGCACAACGAAUGCGUCCUCGCGUGCGUUCUGGUUCUCAAGGGGGCCCAUCGGGUUCCGAGGGAGCCCCGUCGGGCACACUGAAUAUACGCUAUUUAGGCGUACAGUUCAAUUACCUCAGAUUCCUCGAAAGCUGGGUCGUAGCACACAGCUCCGACAGCGAGUUUCACGGGAUACCUUUCCCCGCUCAUCAUGUUGAGCUGCCAUCGCCGCAAAUUCUUCCUGGACAAAUAUCCGAAUUGCCAUCCCCCGAUAUUUCCAGAGGACUAGAGCCAGUGGUGGAGCCCCCAGAUUCGUACGAGUCUGACUCGGCUUCCUGA